AUGAGUUACAGGGAGUGGGGUCACAGUAGGGGUGGCAGAGAUGGGAGGACUAGGGCUGUGAGGGAUGGUGGGGAUGGGAGGACUAGGAGGUACGACAGGGAUGACAGGGGUUGUAAGGAAGGGGACGGGAACGCUGGGGGCGAUGAGUGGGGCGUGAGUAGGAAGUUGACUGAUACUGCCCUGCAGCCGUCCACUCCCAAACGGGCGCCCUCUACGCCCAUAAUGGAGAGGAUGGUAGCUGCUCUCAACCCUGCAGGAGGCAUUCCCGGACUCCCUGGUACUUGGCCCUUGUGCGGACUGGCUAUGCUGCAUGCUGCUGCUGCUGCUGCUGCUGGUGCGGCUGCUGCUGCUGCGGUUACGGCGCCUCCUGCUGCUGCUGGUGUUGGUAUUAGCGGGGAGGGUUGUGCAGGGGACGGUGGCGGGGCGCGGGGAUACGCUGGUAGCGCGGGGGAAAGAGGGGAGGAGAAGGCGGAAGGGGGAGCGGAGAGUUUCGCCUGGAAGGCUCGGCUGUGGAGAGGUGAUAGGCCGUGGUGGGGCGCUGGGGGUGGUGUGUCCGAGCAGGAGGGUGUGAGCGGGGGAGAGGCGAGAAUGUGGGGAGAGGAGGAGAGGACGCGAGGAGAAGAGAGAACGUGGGGGGAGGAGGAGGUUGAAGCGGGGAGGUGCGGAGGGGGGUGUGGGGCGAGAGGAGGGGAGCGGAACAAGGUGGGCGCAACGAGGAGGGUGUGGGCGCUGCUGCUGUGGCUGGCGGUGGGAGUGGCGGCAAGAGCGGGGGAGGACGGGUUAUAA